AUUGGGUGUGAACUUUAUCGGUGUUUGUUUUUUUUCACCUCAUUGCCGACUAAUCCGAAAUGGUGAAGAAGGAAAUGGAUAUACAGCGGGAGACAGAGAGACUGAGGCACUUGGGUCAUUUGAAAGAGUAAUAGUUGAGAUGGUGGAUGAAAUGUUGAACCCCCCUGGCGAUGCUAAAUCUGAGGAGAAACCUAUGGUAGCUCCUCGUGCAAACUCAAACUUCCCAGCGUUCGAGAGUCUUGUUGCAAGCAAGUGCAAUCAAGAAGGGACUCGACUUCUUCCCCAUGAAUUGUAUUUGGCGGCUUGGAAUGCCCUAGCUGUCGAUAUGCACGACGAAAAACAAAGCGCAACUUCUGAAGACGAAUUUGUUGACGUUGAAAAUGUUUCGGUUGAAAACGGAGAAAUCAGCAGCUAAGGAGUCCAACCUUCU